AUGAUGAGCUGGUGGUCCGGCAACAACACUGCCCUGGAUGCCCAGAUUGAGAAGGCGACCAGCAGUAGCCUUGAGGACAUCGCACUCAACCUCGAAAUAUCCGACAUCAUCAGGUCUAAGACAGUCGGCCCAAAAGAAUCUAUGCGAUCGCUUAAGAGGCGCAUCGGCAAUCCGAACCCCAACACUCAGCUCAGCGCCUUGAACUUGACCGAUACUUGUGUCAAGAAUGGUGGAUCGCACUUCCUGGCCGAGAUAGCGUCGCGCGAGUUCAUGGACAACUUGACCUCACUUCUGCAAGCAUCCGGGACAGCGGGAGUCAACCACGACGUCAGACAAAGAAUGCUCGAACUCAUACAAUCAUGGGCGGCUGCCACCGAAGGGCGCCAUGACUUGUCCUACAUCGGAGAUACGCCCGUGCGUGUCGAUGAUGGGUGCUAUGCGAAGAUUACUGGGAAAGGCCACAAGGAGCUUGAUCGCUCCCCAACCUAUCCCCAUAAGCAAAGAAGCACGUCUGUGAUGCAGCCACGCAACGCGCGUGUUGACGAUGGAUUUGACGAAGACUUGAAAAAGGCUCUUGCAAUGAGCUUAGAGGAUGCCAACGGUCAGCCUUCCGGGAUGGUUGCUGCGCCAGCUACAGACAGCUUCAAGCCAAAGGGGGACGUCAGCGCCGCAAAACAGAUGGAGGAGGAGGAUGAAGAUCUCAAGGCUGCCAUUGCCGCGUCUCUUGCUGAUAUGGAAGAGCAGAAGCAACAGCAUCUGGCGACCUUGAAAGAGCACACCUCAAAUCCUCCCGUGUCUUCCACGACGACCAAUUUUACGCUUCCCAAGAAUGAUUACGAGCUGUCGCCCGUUGAGGCCGAGAACAUCAACCUUUUCUCAACCCUGGUCGACCGUUUACAAACACAGCCACCAGUCAGCAGAACCUCGGCGGAUACCAGAUGCCCGGCCAUCGACAGCCAUCAGGCCCCUAUCCUUCAUUGCCUCCGCAGCAUUAUCCACAACACGGGGGCGUCGAGAACUUCUACAACCCACACCAUCAAUCUUCGUAUCCCCCACCGCAACCCCCCCAGCCUUGGCAGCAACCUUCUGCAGUGCCGACGCCACAGCCGCAUCGUGCCUCGUACGGUCCCGUCCCCGGUGCCACUCCAGGCCAAUACCCUGCCCAACCGCAUCUUCAACGGACACCAAGCUGGCAGCAGCCGGCGGGACCCAACGGUCAAGAUGCCCAGCAGCAACCACAGCAUCAGCCAGGACAGCAGGAGUAUCAAAGCAUGCAGGCACCCCAAGCAGCAAGCGCUGGCACGCCGUCUCAAGAUCCCCAUGCCUCUUACUACUUUGGCAAUCAACAGCCGGGCCAACCGCCUGCCGAACCAUCAGCUCCGGGCGCAGCACCUGACGCAAGUCAAUCGCCGUACCCGAACUUGCAGCAGAGUCAUCCAGGUUUAG